GGACGCUCGCAUCAGUGAGAAGCGGAACCGGAAGCAGCCAUGAGCUUCUUCGGGUUCGGUCAGACUGCGGACAUCGAUAUCAUCCUGAAUGACGCCGAGACGAGGAAGAAAGCGGAGCACAAGAGCGAAGACGGAAGGAAGGACACAUAUUUCCUCUUCUACGACGGAGAGACGGUGGCCGGGAAGGUCAGCGUGACGCUGAAGUACCCCGGGAAGAGGCUGGAGCACAGCGGCAUCAGAGUGGAGUUUGUGGGUCAGAUAGAGCUGUACUAUGACAGAGGGAACCACCAUGAGUUCGUGUCGUUGGUGAAGGACUUGGCUCGGCCUGGAGAGCUCACACAGUCCCAGACGUUUGACUUCGAGUUCACGCAUGUGGAGAAACCGUACGAGUCGUACACGGGUCAGAACGUCAAACUACGGUACUUUCUGAGGGCGACGGUCGGCCGAAGGUUGACUGACAUCAGCAAAGAGCUGGACGUUGUGGUUCACACGCUGAGCACCUACCCGGACCUCAACUCCUCCAUCAAGAUGGAAGUGGGGAUCGAGGACUGCCUGCACAUUGAGUUUGAGUACAAUAAAUCCAAAUAUCACCUCAGAGAUGUGAUUGUUGGGAAGAUUUACUUCCUUCUGGUGAGGAUUAAGAUCAGACACAUGGAAAUCGACAUCAUCAAGCGAGAGACGACCGGAACGGGGCCCAACGUUUACCAUGAGAAUGACACCAUCGCAAAGUAUGAGAUCAUGGACGGCGCUCCGGUCAGAGGAGAAUCCAUCCCCAUCCGGCUCUUCCUGGCGGGCUAUGAGCUCAUCCCCUCCAUGAGAGACGUCAACAAGAAGUUCUCGGUGCGAUACUUCCUCAACCUGGUCCUCAUAGACGAGGAGGAGAGGCGCUAUUUCAAACAACAGGAAAUCAUCUUGUGGAGGAAAGGUGACAUAGUGAGGAAGAGCAUGUCUCAUCAAGCCAUCAUGGCCGCUCAGCGCUUCGAAGGCUCCUCCUCCAACCCAGAGAGGUCUCAGAGCGCCAGCUAGGUCCCAGUCCAGGCUCAGACACGCCGGGGGAACCACAGUCUCUGCGUGUGUGUGUGUGUGUGUGUGUGUGUGUGUGGUUGUCCCAGUCUGGACUCUGUGUACAUGAAGCGGGCCUCACUGGUACCAGCAGGAGGUCUGGUUCAUCAUCUGAGAUGUUCAGGCUGGCAGUCACUGGUGUGACUGGGCUCUGAUCUCAGGUCAGUCUCCACCUGAUCGUCUCGUCCUUCAUCGAGGAUGAUGAUGAUGUCAGUUCGCUGACGACCAAACAUCCCGUCUGACCCAAUGACACUGAAGGUUUCCUUUCUGGGCUCCCAGCUGUGCGGUGAAGCGUGUGUCUGUCUGACGAUUGGAGCUUCUUCACUAAUGGGAGUCGAUUGUGUGAGAGCGCCCCCCGUCCCAGUUUAAAUGGGAUCAGAUCUUCACUCAGCCAACAUGAGUUCUGGUCUGACCGCGUAGAAAGUCUGCAGGAAGCUAACAGUUAGCGUGACGACUAAUGAAUGGAUGAAGACGCUGCUCCUUGGUGACCACAGCUUCGGGAACAAACAUGAUUGCUGUAAAAAAAAUAAACAUUUGAUUAUUAAGAAGGGAA